AUGAGUACAGAAGAAAAUGGUAAUCAUACAGCCACAUCUAAUGGAUCAAAUAAUAAUCUAAUAACAGAAAAGACAGCAACUGAUAACACAAUUACGAGUAAUAAUGUAUCGGAAAAGAAAGAAAAGAUUGUACCAAGAGAUGUUAGAUUAUUACAUUUGAUAUUUGCAACACAAGGUAUACAGAAUUAUCAAGAUCAUGUACCAUUACAAUUAAUGGAUUUUGCACAUAGAUAUACAAAAUCAAUAUUAAAAGAUGCUUUAGUUUAUAAUGAUCAUACAAAACCAAUAAAUACAAAUACAAAUUUAAAUUCAAAUCAAAAUACAUCAAUUAAUACAGAUGAUAUAAGAUUAGCAAUUGCAGCAAGAUCAAAUUAUCAAUUUAAACCAGUACCACCAAAAGAAUUAUUAUUAGAAUUAGCACAAGAAAGAAAUUCAAAACCAUUACCAACAAUUAUACCAAAAUGGGGAUUAUAUUUACCACCAGAAAAAUAUUGUUUAACAGCAAGAGAUUGGGAUGAUAUAUAUGAUGAACCAGAAGAAGAAGAAUUUGAUAAACAACAACAAAAAGAGCAGAAAGAACAACAACAACAACAAGCACAACAAGCACAACAAAAGAAGAAGAUGAGGACUAAGUAAGGAUGCUAUAAAUAUACAAUCACUGUAAGGAAGUAACAAACACGAGUCUUCUCUACAACUCUAUUACUCUACAACUAUACAACUCUACAACUCUACAACUCUAUUACUCUACAACUAUACAACUCUACAAUUCUACAACUCUAUUACUCUACAACUCUAUUACUCUGUAACUCUAUUACUCUGCAACUCUAUUACUCUACAACUGCACAACUCUAUUACUCUACAACUCUAUUACUCUACAACUAUACAACUCUACAUCUCUAUUACUCUGCAACUCUAUUACUCUGUAACUCUAUUACUCUGCAACUCUCUUACUCUACAACUCUCUUACUCUACAACUCUCUUACUCUACAACUCUCUUACUCUCUUACUCUUUGUUACUAGUAGUCAAGAAAUUGUUGAUUCUUAAAAAUCAACGAAAAAAAAAAAGUCGAAUUUAUUGAACACGAAUUAAUCACGGCCACCAAAUACAGUUUUAUUCCAAUGCUACCUCCUUUAUUAGCUUCAAUUCCUGAAGUAAAAGAAGAUUAUUCAGGUCAAUGUUUAGUUGAAAGAACUGCUAGAUUAAUUCAAUUUGUUGAUUUAGGUGCACCAGAUUUAUGUAAUAUUCAAAAAAUUUCAUUAUCAUCAAAAACUGAAAUUAGUACUUUUUUGUAUUUUACUGGUGUUGAUGUUUCAAAUACUGCUUCAAUAGCUGCUCAUUUACAAAGUUUAUCUAAUUUAAUGACCUCAAAACUGCAAUAUUGGUUUGGUGAAAAAAAACAUUGGAAAGUACCUCAAUUAACUUAUUGUACAUUUAAUGCUUUUUCAAAAAUUGAUUUAAGAGUUACUGUUCAUAUUCCUGGUAAAUUUGAAAUUCAAAUUGUUAAUCAAGAUGGUAAAAUUUUACAAAUUGAAAAAUUAUCAUCAAAUGAUUUAGAUAAAUUAUGGCAAGAAACUUUUAUAACUUCAAUUGUAAGAGCUGUAUUAGAAAAUGAUGAAGGUAUAGAUGAAAAUUUUAAUAAAAUUGGUGGGUUAGUGGAAAUAAGAAAAAUCAAUCCAUUUAAUAAUGGAAUUGUAUCAAAAGAAUUACUUAACAACUUUUUAAUUGGAUUUGAAACUUUAUUCUUCCAGGGUCAUAAACUUGGUUGUAAUAUUGAAUAUCCACAACCUACAAUUGUAAAUAACUACUUAGUUGAUGGAUUUCUAAAAGUUAUUCAAUUAACUCAAAGUUAUGAUCGUGGACUCACAAUUUUAAAUAGAUUAUAUAAAACCGAACCAAUGAUUAUAUCCUUAAUUGCUAAAUUACAAUUAUUAAAACAAGAUGAAAUUGAAGCUGUAAAGACUAUGAAUUUAGGUAUAUUACAAAAUAAAAGAGAUUCAAAUUUAUUAAUUUUACAAGCUGAAUUUUGUUUAAAUAAAAAAAAACCAGAAUUAGCAUUAGAAUUAGCAAAGCAAGCUGUAAAAUCUUCACCUUCAGAUUUUAAAACUUGGUCUUUAUUAGUUAAAGUUUAUACAAAAUUGGGAGAUUUUGAGAAUGCAUUAUUAACUUUAAAUUCAUGCCCCAUGAAUUCACAUAAAGAAAAAUAUCAAUUAAAAAGAGUAGUUCCAAUUAAAUCAAAUGAUGAUUUACAUUUACCAAGUCCUUUAGAUGUUACCUUAGAUGAUGUUUCAAAUUUACAAAGUAAUGAAAUUAGUUUUGAACAAAAAAAUUUAGAUCCACAAUUGAUAAAUUUACCAGCAACAAAUUUAAAAUCAACAUUUCUGAAAGCUUAUGAUUUAUUAACUGAUAUAGUUAUAAAAACAGGAUGGGAAUCUUUAUUAAAAUAUAGAGCAAAAGUAUUUGUAAUGGAAGAAGAAUAUAGAAAAGAUAAAAAUAAUGGUCAUAUAAAGAAAAAUUCAACAAGUUCAACAAGUACCUUAACAGUAAAUAAUAAUGAAGAUGUUUCAUCAACAAUUGGUAUUAAAUCACCAGAAUCAACUGAUAAAAUAAAUGACUUAGAAUUUCAAGAUGAAUUUAGGAAAAAACGAUUAUGUGAAAGAUGGUUAGAUAAUUUAUUUAUGCUUUUAUACGAAGAUUUAAGAGCUUAUACAAUGUGGCAAGCUGAAUCAUUACAUUUCCAAGCUCAACAAAUGGAAUAUAAAAAAUCUACAUUAGAAUGGGAAAUCCUUGGAUCUAUUGCAUACAGAUUAAAACAUUUUAAAGAAGGGUCAAUUGCUUUUGCAAAUGCAUUAAGUGGUAGAUUUUCGGCAAAAUCUCAAUCUGAAAUGUUGAAAUAUUAUUUAAUGGAAAAGAAUAAAUUGAUAAAUAAAAAUACCACCACGUUCACCACCACCUCCAACAACAACAAUAGUUCAUCACAUUUGAAUUCUUCUGGUUUCAUUCAGAAUUAUUCAAAGUUGAUGAAUCAAUUGAAUGAAAAAAUUUUAGAAAGUAUUGUUAAAUUAUUAGUUUGGAAUCAUAGAUGGUAUUCUGAUUUUAGUCCAUUUUUAUUAAUUAAUUAUGCUGAUUUAGUUGCAUGGGAAGGUUUACUAAAAAUUGAAAGUUCAAUAAAAGCAUCAUAUUCUGAAAUUCCAAAUAAAUUAAUAAAUCAAAAAGAAAAUAAAGAUAAAGAUGGUGAAUCUGUUGGUAAUCAUGGUAUUAUAGAAAUGAUGCAUGAUUUAGAUGUCGAUUAUAUAAAAUUGUAUAAAUUAAGUAAUGCAGAUGAAUAA